AUGGCUCCAACUGAGGAUACCGUGCCGCCUGAGUUGCCGCGCAGUGCCGGAACACAGGAUGCGAACACUUCCAGACGUCGCAAGUCGCUUCCUGGUCGAUCGACUAGUGUACCACGACAACGACCGUCCAGCCAUGUCCCUCCUAUGCCUCCUGCAUCGCCCGAAAUUAUUUCGUCGUUGAUAUCGUCUCUUUCCAAUAUUUCAUCACCAGCUCGAAGCCAUUUCGAUAACCUACCACAUAUCGGCGCACAAACAGCGCCUUCCUCCCCUGGUUUUCGCCAAUCGGAGUUCACGCAACCGCAAGGAUCCGGACAAGGCUUUGGCGUGGACUAUGGUGCAUACAAACCUCCAAGUGAUGCUUUUGAAAGCCCAUUUUUGCACCCGGAUGAUGCUGCUUUGUCGCCUGUCGUUCGCAUGGCCCCUGCGCCCACACCUAGCUCCCCACGGUCGCCGCGAUCUCCCAAAUUCAAGACGAGCUUUGGCCGCGAUCGCUCUCCAUUGAGGCCUAGAUCGACAAGUUCGUUUUCGUCUUCACAAGCUGCUAUGGAGGAGCAAUCGUUAUCGGGGUUUGGAAUAAUUACGACGGAACCAGGCACCCGCGUUUCUCGUACCGGAAGUGUCGCGUCUACAAGCUCCGACGGCCGAAAGAGUCUACGAAGCCCAUUGGGCAUGUUGAGGAGAAGUUCUAAAGAUUCAUCGCAGGACAAGGACGCCGAACGCAGCAUCAGGUCUUCUGCACAUAGUGACAACCCCAAAUCGAAUUUCGCUCGCAGUCGCGCCAGCCUUCAAUCGAAGAACUCAAUGGCAGAUGUUGUUGAAGAAGGGGGAACCUUGAACCCUGCUAAAGAUCUUAGUUUCAAGAGUGGGAAAGCCGUUACGGAGAUAAAACCAUUGUCUGUUAGAACGCCAAAUUCGCCACUACAUAGCCCUGGAGGUAUUGGAAGCGGACGAAUAAUUCCUACGCGCGAGUCGUCACUACGGCACAGCAUUAACAAUAAACUCAACCGAAAAAGCCGACAAAGUCGACCGCCAGAACAACGAUCUACAACAGGCAAGGAACGGAGUCAUGUUGAAUCUAAAACAUCUGAGGCAAGGGCUGCUACCGAACAAACCACAAAACGAAUACAAGAGGUCAAGGAGCAACAAAUGCGAAUCAAAAACGAAUUGGCAAAGGCCCAGGAAGUUCCCGCUGGCCGAACAUCAAUUGAAACGUUCACCUCGCGGGCUAAGACAACACAACCUGCGGCGGCCGAACCAACACCUGCUCAAUUAUCUCAAGAAGACGCGCUAAUUUCCCGAUAUCUCAUUCAUGCGGAAACGGAUCCGUUUGAGGAGAGUGCACCCUCCCCGGCAGUACAAACCCGGAGAACAAGGGAAGCAAAGGACAAAAAGCGAGAGUCGCUGGACAAGGCGGAUGUUCCACUGAGCCCGUCCGUGUCCAAAGCUCAUAAGAGACAUUCUUCUGGAACAUUUACAAUGGCCACUCGUGCAUCGAUAGCGGAAGAACGACCUUCUAGUGCCGAUUCUAUAGACUUUGCUGUCGAGUCAUAUAUCGCUUCGCCAAGAUUGACGCAAAAGGUGCCUCAUCCACGUUCAGGAAGAUUGAUAGCAUUUUCGGAAGUUGGCGAUCCUCAGGGACACGUUAUAUUUUGUUGCCUCGGCAUGGGGCUUACUAGAUAUCUGAUGGCUUUCUACGAUGAGUUGGCGCGGACAUUAAAAUUACGCUUGGUGACACUUGAUCGACCAGGUGUGGGCGAAAGUGAUCCUUCAGGGGAGGGCGAAGGGACUCCUCUGACAUGGCCUGACGACGUUGCAAUUGUAUGCAACCAUCUCAAAAUUACCAAAUUUUCUAUUCUGGCGCACUCAGCAGGUGCUAUAUAUGCAUUAGCUACUGCACUGAGAAUACCACAACACAUUCGGGGUCGCAUCCACCUUUUGGCUCCUUGGAUCCCGCCAUCACAAAUGACCAAUCUGGGCACACACAAAGAACCACUGCCGAACAACGCGGUGCCUUACUCUCAGAGGAUAUUACGAGCCCUUCCCACGCCGAUCUUGAAGGUAGCAAAUUCGAGCUUUAUGAGUGCUACGAGCAGCAGCAUAACAACCAGCUUGCCUAAAUCGCCACGACGAAAUAAAAGAAAGAGCAUUGGACGAGAUACGGUGCCCCCAACAAUGACGGAACUCACAUCACCCGGCAACAACAACCCGAACCACACGACCACAAAUCAAACAAAGAUCGACCUAACAACUGCUACCAACGGCAUAACAACACCAUUAAUCCCCCACGAUCAACGAAACUCCACCUUCUCCCAGACGUCAGCACUCAACCGCCCCAGCGUAGUGGAAGAAGCUGCAAUCCUAGCUUCUCAACAAAAAGAACGACAAACCGAGUACGACACGCGCCUGACCUAUCGAAUCUGGGAACUGGCAACCACCAACGCUAACCCAGCCGUCGAUCUUUUGAUCUGUCUUGAACGCCGCCAAACAAUCGGGUUUCGAUAUGUAGAUAUCAACCGUGAAGUAGUCAUCCACCACGGGACAAAGGAUACUCGAGUCCCCGUCGAUAAUGUACGAUGGCUCGGCAAGACGAUGCGAAGAUGCGAAGUUCGCGUUCUCGAGGGCGAAGGGCAUGGCUUGAUGGCUUCGGCCGUGGUCAUGAGUAAUGUCCUGACAGAGAUGGCGAAAGAAUGGGAAGACUGGACGACCGUUGUCCAGGGACGGGGACGAGGAAGACGGACGACCAUUUCAGCGGCAACGCAUCAUUAUCCUUCUUCGAGGUCUGGGGUAGUUGCUGUUUAA